AUGAAUAUGAUGAAAACCACUGUGUCACUGUUAUCUCUUUCUGAUCUGUACCAUCUCAUUGAAGGAAAUCUUGCCAUGGCCACCACUGCAAGCCUGAAUGCUGAACGCUUUUUCGCAGAUCGCGGAGCGCCCAUCUGUAGCCUCGAUGUCGCAAAGGCGUUCGGCCAACUGAGCCCGAAGGAAAAGAAGUACGCCCAUUAUGUCGGGCAGGCCUCAUGGGCGGGUGCUCGAAUCAUUCAGGAGCAAUGGACGCCACAGGCCAAGGACCUUUACAACCUCAUUAUUGCAACUUUUAGCAAUAAGAACAAUGGUCUGGCUGAUCUCAGCUCGUUGAAAAGUGCUUCAGGGCUGUCCGAUACCGACUGGGACGACCUGCUCGCCUAUACCACCCAGGUUCUCAAUAAUCUUGUGAAUUUCAGGACAUUCGGAAAUACGAAGAUUAUCCCCCGUAUUCCUGCCGACAAGUUCGAGGUUGUGGUCAACAAGUCGCCCAACAGUGAUGUCGCCUCCCCCCUGUGGAAUAAGCUGAAAGAACAUAUAUACUCUACCGAACCCGAGACCAGUCUUUUUAUUGGCAAGCGAGUGGAAGGACACAUUUCGAAUUAUUACCUCGGUGAAGUAAUCACCGAUGAGGAGGUCGCUGCCGUGCAAUCUGCGGCUGAGCAAAUCGACGUUGAUGUCCUCAAUACACGUGUCGUAAAGAACGGGCCCAACAACUUCACCUUGCUCGUGGCAUCAGUCGAUACCAAACCCGAUGAUAUCCGCGAGAUCGAGGCCAACGGUUCCAAGAUCAAGUUGAAGGUCCAUUUCCAGUCAGGUUCCAUCCCUGAUCACAAGGAAGGUUCCAGAUGGUGGGUGAGGGAUGUGGGCCCUGUCGUAGAGUCAUACAUCGGAUUCAUCGAAACUUACGUCGACCCAUAUGGAGGCCGUGCCGAAUGGGAAGGCUUUACUGCCAUCGUCAACAAGGAGUUGAGCUCCAAGUAUGAAGUCUUGGUAGAGAAGGCACCUACUCUCAUCCAAGACCUUCCUUGGGGUAAAGACUUUGAGGUUGAUGUAUUCAGGAAACCCGACUUUACGGCCUUGGAGAUCCUAACUUUCGCAACGGGGGGCAUCCCUGCUGGGAUUAACAUCCCUAACUAUUAUGAUAUCCGGGAGUCAACCGGCUUCAAGAACGUUUCACUUGCGAACAUCCUCGCUGCCAAAGCCCCCAACGAGGAGCUUACGUUUAUUCACCCUGACGAUGUCGAACUGUACAACGCAUGGGAUAGUCGUGCCUUCGAGCUCCAGGUUGCCAAUCAUGAACUCCUUGGUCACGGUUCAGGUAAACUCUUCGAGGAGUAUGCCGAUGGGACGAAGAACUUUGACCCAGAGAAAGUUAUCAAUCCCCUGACCGGGAAGCCAAUCACUUCAUGGUACAAACCUGGUCAAACCCCAGGCUCGGUUCUCGGCGAAGUCUCUUCCUCGAUGGAGGAAUGCCGUGCUGAGGCUGUGGCUCUCUACUUGGUCAGCAAUCCCGACAUCCUCGCGAUUUUUAAGUACAUCGAAAAGGAAGAUGUCGAAAACAUCCAGUACAUCACCUUCCUGCUCAUGGCCCGCGCCGGUCUAAGGGCCCUCGAGUUCUACGAUCCCACAACUAAGAAGCAUGGUCAGGCCCACAUGCAAGCAAGGCUUGGUAUCACACAGCACUUGAUCGCCUCAGGCAUCGCCCGCCUUGAAGAAAUUCGCGAUGCCGACGGAAAAUUAGAGAAUGCUUAUGUUCGGGUUGACCGAGCUAAGGUCUUGACGCAUGGCAAAGAAGCGGCCGGGAAGCUUCUCGUGGAGCUGCAGGUCCGAAAGAGCACGGCGGAUGGUGCGGGUGCUCGAGAAUACUAUACACAGCUCACGAAGCCUAGUGAUACCUGGGCUGGAGAGAUCAGAGAUCUUGUUUUGAAGAAGAAGCUGCCCCGAAAGCUCUUCGUCCAACCCAAUACAUACGUCGCUGAAAACGGAGAGGUCCAACUCAAGGAAUACCCCCUGACCCCUGCUGGAAUCAUUGAAAGUUUCAUCGACCGCAAACUCUAG